AGGAAAACGGUGCAAGUGGAGACGUCGUGGCUUCCCCGGGGUCUUUUCUCUUUAGAUUGUUGCAGCAGUGACCAGAGACUGGGAAAUGCUCUCUGGGAACCCAGUGUGAGGCAGAGGGAGCAUGCAUGGACUGGUACACUUUGAUGUCAGCGUGGGCAUCCCACCUCAAGGCCUCCUUUUGCAACGCCAACAAAACGCUCUGGGUGUCGGUGUCGGUGCUGGUGCUGCUGGCCGCCCUGACGAGCUUCCUGACGGGGCUGUCCCUGCAGAGGCCGGCGGAAGCGGCCCCUGCGGGCACCGGGGACUCGUGGACAGCGGUGCAGCAGCUGCUGUGGCCCUACACAGGCCUGCAGCACAAGGGCCCUCCCCCGGUGUGA